GUCUCAUUGUCUCAUGUCAGUUUUGUUUAAUUUAAUAGGGGAGUGGUGGAUAAUUUGACUUGAAUACUCAGAAGUGUCUCCGAGUCCACAGAAAAGGUGCGCGGUCACGUGGUUUACCUAACCGCCAUCCAAAAGCUCCCUCCCUGCGAGGCUCUCUGUGCGCGUGCACAGCUGUGACGCAUUCAGGGAUUCAGAGACUUCGUAACUUCGGGCUUACUGCAUGACUCUCCGUCCCCGUCAAUGGGAAACCCCGCGGCGAAGCAGAGCUCAGAUAAAAGGUCCAAACUGGUCCAAAUGGAAGCUGAAAGACAAACUCCGGAGCUGCGCAGCGGACACGCACUGACACACACACACGCACAGCCACCCUGACAGACAUGGACACCUGGACAGUUAUCAUCCUGUUGCAGUACUUCCUCUUUGCAUCUUUGGUCCAAUCGGCUCCGGUCGGCUUGCCAUCCAACUUGCCGCCUGCAUUCAGAGAAACGGCCGUGGAGGCCAAGACGCUCGGGGACAAAAUCCUCAAGGACAUUUCUGCAACGCACGCUGCCACAGUCAAGGCUUUCAGCCUGGAUUCGUCAGCAUCCAGCCUGCAGUUGAUGGCAGCGUCGAUGAGAAUCCCGUCCUCUCCUGUCCUCAAGGCGCCGUCUGAGCACUUUACCCUGGAGACAUGUGUUAGCCACAUGCUAGCAGGUGUUCAGAUGUACCAGAACCUGCUGGAGGUUCUGUCCAGCAAAGUGAUCGGUCUGGAUGACCUGAGAGCGGACCUGCGCGACCUGCUCAACCACAUCAACAAGCUAAAGGAGGUGGCGCAACUUACGGUGGACGUUUCGGAUCAGAACCUGAGCACGGACCUGGCCUCUCACCUCCAGGACAGCCACAACGUCCAGGUGGCCCUCCAACUGACGCUGACUCAGCUGCGCUCCUUCUGUCAUGACCUGAACCGGACCUUCAAAGUCCUCUCCAUCAACAGGCCCUGAGCUGCAGCUGCACGCUAAGCCCCGCGCACCGGGGUGACUCAAUAGCUGUGCUUCCAUUGACUAUAAAAUUGCACAAUUUUACAUUUCGAAAUAUUUUCACUUAUUUAGUGAAAAUAUUUAGGAUGAGGCAUCAAAAUUGGUUUAUUUUGCAAACCUGCAGUCACACAAGUAACAUGACCAACAGCAGGAUGUGACCACUGGUGGAAACCGUGAAGAAGACGACGACAGGAAGUAGUCAGAGGUUCAUGGCGCUGAAUGUUUUUAAACAACUUACAGCGUGAACAAACUU